GACUUCUGAAUAGAUAGAUAUAGAAAGAAAGAAAGAGAUGAUAGGAUCGGUGCUUAUUCGUCCAUCUUCUUCCAUAGUUGUUCUUGAACUUCAUUCACAUAAUUCAAGGCCUUCUUCUUCUUCCCCGACGAUCUCUUGUUCUUCAAAUUCGAGGAAUAACUCUUUCAUUCCAAAGCUCGAGCCUUUUAACAGAUCAAAGUUGGAUAGAAUCAUCAAGGAUCCUCCUCUCAUACAGAAAUCCGAGAAUGAACUCGCCGAUUACUGUACAAUCCUGGAAGGAGAUGCUUCUUAUAGCUGCUGGAGAGCUUACUUCGAACUAAAAGAUCUUGAAAAAGAAAGAUCAAAAGAAGAUGUGGAGAAGCUUAUAAUCGAAGCUGGAGGAGUGAAGUCGCUGAUAAGCUGUGUGCAUGGGAUUACCGCGAUUCACAAGGCCAAGAAAGAAGAAAGUCAUAUUGGAUUAGCAGGUUUGAAGGAGGAAGAUGAUCAGAAGAGGAAGGAGACAGACUGUCCGAUCCCCGACGGGUUGCCUAGGACGACAGAGGAGGUGGCAGAGGAGGAGAAAGGAUUGAUGCCGGAUUCUCCCUUCACUCGUCUGUUGAGGAACAAAGGGAAAUUCCCAGCUUGGUAUUCCCCUGUGCCAGACCAUGAGACAGAUUGAUUGAUCAUCAUCUUUCAGACAACAAUAUUACUCAUGUUGUAGUGCUCUAGAUGUUAAUAAUAAUAAUAAUAAAAUAAACACAUCUUUCUUUAGCUUGAA